CGGUUGAGCGUCGAUUUAGAGAUGGUGCGCGAGCGCUACGAGAAGUCGCAGAUCGAGCUGCGACGACUGCAGAACGAGCGCGAGAAGCUGGUGGCCGACAACGAACGCAUCAGCUUCGAGUUGGAGCGUGCGCACUCACAGCUCAACAAGGCGCAGGCGGCAACGGAGAAGACGCAGGAGGAGCUCGCGCGUAUGCAGCUCGAGAUCGAGAAGAUGUACGAGAAGCACGAUCGUCAGCAGGCGGAGGUGAGGAAGGCACAGGGCGAGGCGGAACGGCUGCGCUCUGAGGCGGAGAGCGCGCGCGAGGAGGUCGAGAGGUAUGCAGCACGCUUCGGCAAGUACCAGGAGAGCCAGGAACGACAGAAGGAGGAGCACGAGUGGGCGAAGCUAGAAGUGGAGCGACUACGUGACCGUCUGGAGAAGGCGCUGGCGGAGCUUGAGCGCGCGCGGAAGGCCGAGCAGGACGCCUCGAGGCUGCGCGCCGAUCUGGAGCGUGCGGAAGGCGUGCGAGGUAAAUACCAGUACGAGCAGGAGAAAUGGCAAAGCGAGGGUAGUAGGCUACAGCAGGAGGUGGACAAGCUACGCGAGCGGUUGGAAGGCCGCGAGGCUGAGCUGAAGAGAACGCAGUCGAACCACGUCGAGCUCGAGGCGAAGCUGCAUGAGGCGCAGCUUCAACUCGAGCGGGCGCGCGAUGAGACCGGCAAGGCUACAGCGCAGCAGGAACGCAAUCGCUCGGAGAUCGAGCGUGCGCGGAUCGAGGCCGAGAAGAUACGCGAUCGGCACGACAAGGUGAAGAUGCGGGCUGACGCUCUCGAAGCGGACAACGAGAAACUGCGCGUCGAGAUCGUUCGGCUGGAGCGACUGAUGCAGACCGAGGGUAAGACGAGAUCCGAGAGCGCGAGUAUCGAGGUAGAGCGUUUACGAGCCAGCCUGGACAAGGCCAUCGUGGCGCGCGAUCAGGUUGAGCUUGAGGCCGGCAGGCUCGCGAAGGAACUCGAGAAGGCGCAUUUGCAGACCGCCAAGUAUCAGGAAGCCACCGAGGCCAGUAAGAAGGAGCUUGAGCGUCUCGCUGCGGAUGUGCAGUUGCUGCGGGACGAACGCGACGCGCUGCGCCAGGAGCUGCGCCGCGUGCAGCAGCAACAGCAACAGCAGCAGCAACAGCAACAGCUCGCCGGCAACGAGGAACUUGCCCGGAUGCAGUACGAGCUGCAAAUGGCGCAACGCGAACGCGAUAAGAUGGCAGCAAUUUUGGAGAAUCGGGAGAAGCACUCGGAGAAGUUGAAGGAGAAGUUGGAGGCGGAUGCGAAGCAAUUGCAGGUGGAACGCGAUCAACUCGUUAUACAGCUGGAGAAAUCGCAAGAAAUGCUGGUCAACUUCCAGCAGGAGCUUAGCGCGAACGAGGCCGAGCUUGAACGUCAGCGCGAAGAGGCCCGUCGUCUUCAACAGCGAGCCCACGCGCAGACACCCGAUCGCGCUGCCAAGGAGGCGCUUGAUGCACAGAUGCGUGAGGUACAACGGCUACAGCAACAGGUACAAAACUUGCAGCAGACGCAGCAGAAGGAGCGACAGCGCGCCGAGCAGGCGGAGAAGCGGGUGCAAGAGCUGCAGAAGCAGCUGGCAUCGCGCGGCGCCGAGACGACCCAGCUCGACGCGGCUCAGCUCGAACAGUGGCGGAAGCUAUGCGAGACGGAGCGGCAGCGGGCGGACACCGCCGAGCGCGAAGCCUCCGACUUGCAGAAGCGGAUACAAACGACGGAACGGCAACUGCACGCGCAUCAACAGCAGAUCCAACAGAUGCAAGUCACUAUGCAACAGCAGCAAGUACAGCUGCA